AUGGAAGCAGUCCUUUCCAAACAGGAGGUUCUUGAGGCUGUGACGUCUAACCCUCAGUUUUAUAACAACAUCCAAAAUGUGCAGACCCCACACAUUGACCCGAUAUUCUCGUCCGAUGAUAACGAUCUCUUGGCUCAGAUUGGAUAUAAGCCUGAGUUGAGAAGACAAUUUUCCGCAAUUCAGGUGUUCGGUGUUGCUUUCUCAAUUAUGGGAUUACUUCCUUCAAUUGCGUCGACUUUGGGCAUUGCGCUUCUAGCCGGGCCCGCCGGUGCCAUUUGGGGCUGGUUGAUUUCUUCGCUUUUGAUCUUGACCAUUGGUGUAUCCAUGAGCGAAAAUGCCUCUUUCCAGCCUACAAGCGGUGGGUUGUACUACUGGACAAACUUUUAUGCUCCGCCCAAAUUGAAGACAAUUGUGUCGUUUAUCAUUGGUAACACUAACUCCUUGGCUUUGGUUGGUGGAUUGUGUUCCAUUGAUUAUGGAUUUGCCACGGAGGUCCUCUCCAUUGUGGUCAUUGCCAAAGACGGUGAUUUUGAAAUCACUUCGGCCAAAACGUAUGGAGUUUUUGUUGCCUGUGUCUUGGCACAUGUUUUGGUGACUUGUGCUUCUUCGAGACACACGGCUUGGUUGCAAACCGCGUCGAUCAUAGUUAAUGUUGGAUUGAUUGUGCUAUUUAUUAUUGCUAUGCCAAUUGCAGCCAGCAGAGGAAGUCCUAGAUCUGCGUCCUGGGUUUUUGGAAGCUUUGAGACCCUUACGGGAUUUCCUGUUGGAUGGGUACAACUUUCACAGGCCUGGUUGCCAGCAAUUUGGACCAUUGGUGCCUUCGACUCAUGUGUGCACAUGUCAGAGGAGUGCACAAAUGCCACUAGGACGAUUCCCAUGGGUAUUGUCGGCUCCAUUAGUACAUGUGGGAUCUUGGGGUUCAUUCUCAUGAUUGUGAUAAUGUUUUCGUUGCAAUCGAACGAUCUUGAGGGGGUGUUGGGAAGUGCUUAUGGUCUGCCCAUGGCGCAGAUCAUCUACGAUGCAUUUGAAACAGUCCCUGGCCAAGGCAAGAAAAUGGCCAUCUUUUUCAUGGUUCUCAUAUCCAUUGCACAGUUUAUGAUGGGCGCGUCUGUUCUCACUGCCAUUUCGAGACAAAUCUUUGCUUUUGCUAGAGAUAAUGGAUUGCCCUUCUCUUGGUGGGUCAAGAAGGUCAACAAGAAGUUAUCUGUUCCAAUACAUGCGGUAUUUACUGGCGGUGCAGCGGCGAUUGUUGUCGGACUCUUAUGUCUUAUUGGAGAUACUGCUGCAAAUGCGUUGUUCACUCUUGCGGUUGCUGGCAACUAUCUUGCGUGGGGAAUGCCUACAUUCUUGAGGUUGAUAUACAUGAAUGACAAGUUUGUUCCUGGCCGGUUCUAUUUGGGCCCAUUGUGGAGCAGGGUCAACGGCUGGAUCUCCAUUGUUUUUGUGGUGUACACAAUUGUGAUGGUCAUGUUCCCCACAGACACAAAUCCAACUAGGGAGACGAUGAAUUAUACUGUUGUUCUCACGCCUGGAGUGUGGAUUCUUUCUGCUGUAUACUACUAUGUUUACGCACACAAGAGCUACCACGGUCCUGCCAAAACAGUGGACGACGACGGCGACUUGAGUGAGAAUUUUGCCGGAUUCACCACUCAGGUGGUCGAUGGACAAUCCGUGAAGAUGAGGAGCGACAGCCCUGAUCUCAAGGCAUGA